CUCUGAGGUCCAGCCCGGGGUUUCCAGCACACAGCCGAUGUCUCCUCAGCUCUGCCUCAGCCUCGCAUCCGUCCGGCUACUCCGCAGCAAGUGGACCGACAGAGGAACCUGAGACCGGACCCGAACCGGGCGCAAACCUCUGGAACAGCAGAGUGAGGGUAGCUGCCUACGGAGGAGGUCAUUCGAACGACACGCGGUUUGUUUUCUUCCGGCUCUGAGAGGUGUCCCGUGUGGAGAGAUGCACGCGCCGCUGCUGACGCUCUUCUGCGUCCUGGCCGCCGUUGUUGGCCAGGAGCCCGACCACAGCCACGGCUGUGCCCAGGGCAGCUGUUACCCAGCAACGGGGGACUUGCUGGUCGGCCGGGAGAAGAACCUGAAGGCCUCGUCCACAUGCGGGAUGAGGAGAAAAGAGCCCUACUGCAUCGUCAGUCAUCUGCAGGAUGAGAAGAAGUGUUUUGACUGUGACUCCAGGCGGCCGUACAACCCGGUGUACAACACCAUCAACCACCGGAUAGAGAACGUCAUCGCCGCCUUCAAACCCCACCGCAAGAAGUCCUGGUGGCAGUCGGAGAAUGGAAAGUCGGACGUCUUCGUCCAGCUGGAUCUGGAAGCAGAGUUUCAUUUCACUCACCUGAUCAUGACCUUCAAGACCUUCCGCCCGGCGGCCAUGUUGAUUGAGCGCUCCGCAGAUUUCGGUCGCACCUGGCAGACCUACCGCUACUUUUCCCACGACUGCGCCACUACCUUCCCCGGAGUAUCCCAGGGUCCUUCACGUAACAUUAACGACGUCCUCUGUGAGUCGCGCUACUCCGACAUCGAACCGUCCACGGAGGGAGAGGUCAUCUACAGAGUGUUGGAUCCAUCCAUCAGGAUCGAGGAUCCAUACAGCCCGAGCAUCCAGAACCAGCUAAAGAUCACUAACUUGAGAGUGAACUUCACCAAGCUGCACACGCUGGGAGACAACCUGCUGGACCCCAGAGCUGAAAUCAAGGAAAAGUACUACUACGCCAUGUACGAGCUUGUGGUACGCGGGAACUGCUUUUGCUAUGGCCACGCCUCGGAGUGCGCCCCCAUCGACGGCAUCAGGGACGACAUAGAAGGAAUGGUCCACGGCAGGUGCGUCUGCAACCACAACACCAAAGGUUUAAACUGCGAGCGCUGUGAUGACUUCCAUAACGACCUGCCCUGGAGGCCGGCCGAGGGGCGCAGCACCAACGCCUGCAAGAAGUGUAACUGUAACGGCCACUCGUCCCAGUGUCACUUCGACAUGGCUGUGUAUUUGGCCACGGGCAACGUCAGCGGAGGGGUGUGUGACGACUGUCAGCACAACACCAUGGGACGCAACUGUGAGACUUGCAAACCCUUCUACUACAAAGAUCCGGUCAAGGACACCAGGGACCCACAAGUCUGCAUUGCUUGUGACUGCGACCCAGACGGCUCUCAGAACGGAGGCAUGUGCGACAGCCACACUGAGCCUUCCCUCGGCAUGGUGGGAGGUCAGUGCCGCUGCAAAGCCAACGUGGAGGGGCCGCGCUGUGACAAGUGCAAGACCGGCUUCUUCGGGCUGAGCCCCCACAACCCUCAUGGCUGCCAACCCUGCCAGUGCGACCACAGGGGAACAGUGUCCGGCAGCUCCCAGUGUGACCCAGUCAGUGGAGACUGCUUCUGUAAGCGACUCGUCACAGGACGCAGCUGUGACCAGUGCUUGCCGGAGCACUGGGCUCUGAGCCACGACCUCAACGGCUGCCGAGGCUGCGAGUGUGAUGUCGGAGGAGCCCUGGACAACCACUGCUCCAUGGAGAGCGGUCAGUGUCGCUGCCGCGGUCACAUGACCGGACGCCAGUGCACGCAGGUGGAGUCCAGAUAUUUCUUCAUGGCUCUGGAUCACUUCCUGUAUGAGGCAGAGUUGGCCAAAAUGGGGCAGGGCUGUACACGUGAGACCAGGGAGCACCAGCCAGGUCGCCCCGCCACAUGGACGGGCAUUGGAUUCGCUCGGGUACCUGAGGGAGGCACCCUGGAGUUCCUCAUCGGUAACAUCCCCUACUCCAUGGAGUAUGACCUGCUUAUCCGCUAUGAGACGCAGAUGCCACGAGACUGGCAGGAUGUGCAAAUAACAGUGAUCCGUCCGGGGCCGAUUCAGACCAGCAGCCCCUGUGGAAACACCAUUCCAGAUGAUAACCGACUCACCAUCUCCCUGCCGGCUGCAGCCAGGUUUGUGGUGCCUUCUCAGGCUGUGUGUCUGGAAAGAGGUGUGACUUACACCCUCCGCUUUGAGUUCAAACGCUACCAGGAUGCUAACAGUAUCCUCAACGGAGCGGCCGACGUUCUCCUCCUUGUGGACUCGAUUUCCCUGAUGCCACGCCACUCCUCCAUGGAGAUAUUCAACGCAGGCGAUGCAGCUUCCAGCAGCAGGAAGCAGGCCUACGAGCGCUACCGCUGCCGUGAGAGGGCCAAGAGUGUGACACGCCCAAUGAUGACUGACACCUGUGCCAAGCUCAUCCUCAGCAUGUCGGCCAUCAUAAAUGACGGGGCUCUAGCUUGCAACUGCGAUCCUCAGGGGUCCAUCAGCUCCAUGUGCGACGUCCGGGGAGGCCAAUGUCUCUGCAGGCCCAACGUGAUAGGUCGGCGCUGUGACCAGUGUGCUCCAGGAACUUACGGCUUUGGACCCUCAGGCUGCAUAGCCUGCAGUUGCAGCCUAGAUGGCGCUGUGACUCGACUCUGUGACAAGUUCACCGGUCAGUGCCAGUGCCGCCCCGGAGCCUUUGGUCAGCGCUGCGACGGAUGCCAGGCGGGUCACUGGGGCUUCCCCAGCUGCCGACCCUGCCAGUGUAACGGACACGCCGACCAGUGCGACCAGAGGACCGGAGCCUGCGUCAGCUGCAGGGACAACACCGGAGGAGACAAGUGUGACAGGUGUGCCAAUGGUUACUAUGGUAACCCCGUUUUGGGCAAAGCAUCCAGUGCUCAGUGUCGCCCGUGCCCCUGUCCAGAAGGCCCCAACAGCGGACGCCACUUUGCUGCCUCUUGUUACCAAGACAACCGUGACAGACAAGUUAUCUGCAACUGUAACCAGGGCUACACAGGACCCCGAUGUGAGGAAUGUGCUCCGGGUUACUAUGGCAACCCCUCUCAGCCCGGAGGGCAUUGCCAGCCGUGCCAGUGCAACAACAACAUAGACAUGUCCGACGUGGAGGCCUGCGACAGGCACACCGGACAGUGCCGGAAAUGCCUUUACAACACCGAGGGCCCCGACUGUGGCGUCUGCAAGAGCAGCUACUUCGGCGACGCUUCCCGUCGCAACUGCAGGAAGUGCACGUGUAACUUCCUGGGGACGGAGCGCGGCCAGUGCAUGGAGCGGGAGGACUGUGUGUGCCAGCGAGCAUCGGGGCAGUGCCAGUGUCAGCCCAACGUCAUCGGCCUGCCAUGUGACCACUGCGCCCCCAACCACUGGAACCUGGCCAGCGGGAGGGGCUGUGAGCCCUGCGGCUGUGACCCCAACAACUCCGUCACCUCGGCGUGUAACGAGUUCACUGGGCAGUGUCAGUGUCGCGACGGCUUCGGUGGGAAGACCUGCACAGACUGUCAGGAGAACUACUGGGGCGACCCCAGGACUCAGUGCAGAGCUUGCGACUGCGACUGGCGCGGCAUCGAGACCUCUCAGUGCAACCGGGUGACCGGCCACUGUAUUUGCCAACAGGGGGUGUCCGGUGUGCGCUGUGACCAGUGUGCCAGAGGAUUCUCUGGCCAGUUCCCCAACUGUCAGCCCUGUCACAAAUGCUUCGGGGACUGGGAUCGCAUCGUGCAGGACCUGGCAGUACGCACCAAGACUCUGGCAGAGCGAGCCCAUGAGAUUCAGACCACUGGGCUUACUGGAGUCUAUGAGAAGGCCUUCAGGGACCUGGAGGAGAAACUGGCACAGGCUCGGGGAAUUGUCAAUGCCCGCAACGCCACUGCUGCAGCUGUCGCUACCCUGAUGGAGCUUAUUGAAGAUCUACGAGCGCAGAUCGGGGAGACCACUGACGCCCUGAACCGCCUGGAAAGAGACCUAACCAUCGUCCAGGACAGCAACUCGGAGGCAAGCAAGGAGCUCAGUGCUCUGGAGAGAGAAGCUAAAGAGCUCAACCUCACGUCAGAGCAGCUACACCGCCAAUUAGAUAUCCUAAAAAACUCCAACUUCCUUGGUGCGUACGACAGCAUCCGUAGCUCCUACAACAAGUCUCGUGACGCGGAGCGCCGUGCCAAUGAAUCAACCACCACCAGGCCCAGCACUGUCAGCCAAUCAGCAGACACUCGCCGCCGCACCGAGCGCCUCAUUGCCGCCAAGAAGGACGACUUCAACCGCAUAAAUGCAGCUAACAAGCGGGCUCUCGGGGACCUCAACACCCGAGCGCAGGGCCUGGACUUGAAGAAGAUCAACGAGAAGGUUUGCGGCGCGCCAGGUGAUGCUCCUUGUGGGGAAAGUCCUUGUGGGGGAGCAGGUUGCCGCGACGAUGAAGGGAACCGUCGCUGUGGAGGCCUAAACUGUAACGGCGCUGUAGCGGUAGCUGACAAUGCCCUGGAGAGAGCCAAACACGCAGAGAAGGAGCUCAACAAAGCUAUGGGAGAGGUAGAGGGACUCUUUUCCAAGGUGGCAGAUGCCAAGACGAAGGCCGAGGAGGCGAAAGGUAAAGCCCAAGCAGCUCUGGACAAAGCCACGGCCACUAAGAACAAAGUGGAGCGCUCCAACAAUGACCUGAGAGACCUCAUCAAACAGAUCAGAGACUUCCUCACUCAGGAAGGUGCGGACCCGGACAGCAUUGAAGCGGUGGCGAACCGCGUGUUGGAGCUCUCCAUCCCCGCCUCUCCGCUCCAGAUCAGGCACCUCGCCGACGAAAUCAAGGAGCGCGUUCGCAGCCUUUCGAAUGUGGACGCUAUCUUGCAGCAGACGCAGGAAGAUGUCCGCAAGGCGGAGAGACUCCUGCUGGAUGCCAAGAGGGCAAGGCACAGUGCUGAGGGGGUGAAGACCACAGCGGAGGCCGUGAAACAGGCCCUGGUGGAUGCUCAGACGACCCAGGCAUCCGCAGAGAAGGCCAUAGCCAGAGCCAAGGCGGACAUUGGGGAGACCAAAACCCGACUGGCACAGAUUGAGUCGGAAACGUCCACCAGUGAGAAGGACCUGAAGGACGCCAUGGACCGCCUGGGCACACUGGGACGGGAGGUCAGCGCCCUGAAGACCAAACGAGCCAACAACAGCAUGGCAGCAGCCCGGGCCGAGGAGACCGCCACCAUGGCACGAGACAAGGCCAACGAGGCCAAGCAGAUUCUAGAUGGCCAACUGACGGAUAAAUACCACGAGGUGCAGCAGCGGGUCGACACGAAGGCCAAAGCUGUCCAGGAUGCCAAGAAGAGAGCGCAGCACCUCAGAGAUGAAGCUAAGGAACUACUGAGAGAUGCCCAGAACAAGCUCCAGAGGCUAGCAGAGCUGGAGAAAAACUACGAGGACAACCAGCGGAGGUUGGAGGGGAAAGCUCGCCAGCUGGACGGCCUAGAGGACAAGAUGAAAGCCAUCCUCAGCGACAUCAACAAACAAAUCCAGAUCUACAACACGUGCCAGUAACUCCUGGCAAGCACGUCCUCCGACGUCUUGGUCCAACGUCGGGCGCAGAGACUGGCCCUGAAGGCUUGCCCUGGGUGCUGAGCUCAUCCCUCUGUAUGUAUAUACACAUAUACACAAAGAGAGAGAGAGAUGUGUAUAUACAUACCAGUGAGGUUGUAUAUAGACACACACAUCUAUAUAUAUAUAUAUAUAUAUAGAUGUGUGUGUGUGUGUGUGUGUGCUUGUGUGGGGGGGGGGGUAUCAAAUAUUUUAUUGGGAUUUUAUGUGCACAUUAUUUUUGUUUUGCUUUUUCAAAAUAAUCUGAAAAUUAAUUUUUUGAACAUGAAAGUUGUAUUUUCAAAUCCGUCAGUAAGACUUGGAACAUUAUCAGUAGUUUAACAGGGACUUCAUUAAAUCUGCAUUGUGCGGUGUCUCCUUAUCUCCUUUUGACAAUAUAAAAUCAGAUUGGAAAUCUGUUCAAACUCAACUUUUAAAUACUUUUCUUGGUUAUGCUGCACAAGAAAUGGUUAUAUGACCACAAUCAUUUUUUAUAUUUUAGGCCCAAAACAUAGAGACGCAAGGAUAGUCACCAGUGCUGCAGAUCCUUGCCCUUGGGUAGUUUUAAGGACAUCCCUUUUUAGUAGAAUGCAGAGAUGGAACAGUGGUAAAUGCAUUAUUACCAACUGUGGUGCUAGGAAUACCAUUUUUCUAUUGCGUCUGCCUUUAUACAAAUGGCAGGAAAACAAAUUAUAUUACCAUUUUUAUGUGAAAAGAAAAUCUACUUCUAGAAUCUGCUAAGCCAAAAGAUACAACAAGCCCAGAAGCUGCCUCUGCCUGGAGUAAGAGGAUGGAUGUAAACAAUACCCAUACAGGAACAAUGCAAUCAUGAGAGCACUGUAAGCUCCAGUGAGGUUGUAAUUAGUCGGCCUCUCUUUGUUUUUUUACACCCCUUUUUUAAACGCCGUAUUCCUUACAUUGUUGCGCCUGGGGCUAUGAGAUUCACACUGCACCAGUCCACCACAACACGCAACCAACACAGUUUACAUUUUAGAAUAUCUACUCUACAAUAGGACUACAAAAUGUGGGGCAAAUUCCAUUGUUUACCUUUCCACUGAGGACUUUUAGCCCACAAUUCAACCCAUUUUCAAGGGGUUAACCUGGCAAACUCAAGGCCACCUCCAUAUCAGGAAAACAAGUGCAUACAGACCUGCAAAUAAAAAAACACAUGUUGGCCCAUGCCGAAAAAUGUAAACAGAAUGAACUUUUUGGAAAAAACGCACACCAAGUACAAUCCAGCCAUCAGGGAACAAAAUGUUUUUGUCCAUGCAGUUGCUUGGAGGCCAAUAAGUGAAACUCCCCCACUGCUGCACGACCCUGCGUUUUAUAACCACAGCAUCUGCUUAGGUAUAACCGCAGCCUCGCUGCAGUCUAAAAUGUACCACCAGGUCUUUUUGGAAAACAGGCUUAUUUGCUCUCUUGCAGAGAGUUAGAUGACAGGAUUGAUACAACAAUGUAGGAUGAAUAUGGUGCUACCGCUAGCAGGCUGGAAGUUUGGCUUAGCUUAGUAAAUAGUAAGGGGGAGCCAGCUAGCCUGGCUCUAUCCUAGAGGUAUCUCUGACUUCCCAGAACCUUGCAAGGAAUAUAUAAAGGUGUUGCGUCCUUAGUCUUGUCACUGCAAAGUUAGCAGACAACCAAUGAUGACUCCAGAAAGUCUGUACUUGACAUUUGCAGAAUCUUAAACUUAUAAAUGCUAUACUUUUGGUGCAGAUUGUGUUUAAUUGUGCCUUAUUGUAUGCAAGUGUCUUGGACAUUUACUCAUAUACUAUUUGCAUGGCUGAAUGUUUGUUUAAUUAAAACCUAGUAAACCAAAAGACUAAAUGUGUUCCCACAUUUUCCUCAGUUUAUCUAUCAACUGACAGCCACAUUAUUUUAAGAAAUAAAUGCCAAAGCAAAAGUACCAGAGAAGCUUGUGUAGUAAGUUUAACAUUGUACAGUUUUGUGAAUAAAGCUUGGAUAACGUAACAUU